AUGCCUACCAGCUUCCCUACGUUGGGUUUUGGUACGGGUCAACGGGCUGCAGCCAACCUCCAAGCCCGUAGCCAAGUCAUCGCCAAGGUCGAAAAUAUUUACAGGGACGUCGAACUUUACCCUUCUACAAAUAUAAACCCUGCCUCUUACGGAUUUCUUGGCAUCGAUUGUCGACCUCUUAUGCUAGAUGAGAAUGGAAAACACCUUGAGAUCCCAGCGUCCAAUCCCUCCAGUCCGAUUUUCUUUGAACCACAAGGUGCUGCAUGGGUUCCCGAUGUUUGUGAAACCGGCCCUGAAGUCACGGCAGACCUGAGAGAAAUCACUGAUGAAUGGGAUAACGACAAGAAUCAUCCCUUAGUUCCGAGCCUUCAUUCCCAGGUCAGUGGCGCUAUUGUGCCGUCGGUUAUCACCGAUAGAUUCUACCCAGCUAUUUGGGGAUCGAUGCGAUGCUCGCCGGCCGCUGCCUUUGUGCCAAAGAAAUUGCUGUAUCCUGCAGGAACACCCCCACACACUAUAGUCCGCAUCUUGAUUGAAGAAGAGCCCAGCGAAACGCUGACCCGGGCAGAGGUGAUGAUCCUUACCGCAACUAUGAUUACACGGCUGGAAGGCGAGGAUUGCCUGGAGUCCAACACUAUUCCAGUCAUGGCUAUCACGAUCUUCGGGCGAAUGAAGGCCCGAGUAAUCGAAGCCCAUUGCACCCCGCAAGUUCUAGUCAUCAAGAAGACCGACCUUCUGGAUUUUUCGACUAACAAAGUAUAA